UAGAUUGGGAGUUUGUUACUUAGGAAUUGUAUUGACAAAAUGGCCUCCCAGGUUUGUCAGAAUUAUCACCAGGAUUGUGAAGCAGCUGUCAACAAACAGAUUAACAUCGAGCUGACUGCCUCCUAUCUCUAUCAGUCUUUGAUGUCGUACUUUGACCGGGAUGAUGUUGCCCUGCACCAUUUCUCCCAGUUCUUCAAAGCUCAGUCCCAGGAGAAGCAGGAACAUGCAGAGAAGCUGCUGAAAUUCCAGAAUCAGCGUGGAGGCAGAGUCUUCCUCCAGGAUGUGAAGAAGCCAGAGAGGGAUGAGUGGGGUAACGGUCUGCAGGCAAUGCAGGUUGCCCUGGAUCUGGAGAAGAAUGUGAACCAGAGUUUGCUGGAUCUACACCAACUCGCCACUGCCCAGACUGACCCUCAUGUAAGCUUCACCACCUCAUUCUCAUCACUGCCUGACCCUCAGGGCAACACUUCACCCUG